AUGUCAUCCACUACUGAAAACAAUAAUACCAAGUAUACUACAGAAAAUGACCAGAUAACGUCUAAAUCGGACGAGGGAAACUCCAAUGCUAAUAAAAAGGAAACAAAGUUUAUCGUAGACGCCGAUUCAAUACGACGAAUCCAGCCACUUGAGUACUUUCGACAUUUUACAGAUCAAAAAAUACGACCAAAUGGAAGGGUAUUCAAUCGAUUUAGAAAAACCACACUGCAUCUAGGCUCUGUUACUACAGCAGACGGUUCAGCGGUGGUGAGAAUCGGGAACACUUCUGUUGUCUGUGGCAUCAAAGCAGAAGUUGCAGAGCCAAAUGUAAACACGCCACGGGAAGGAUAUCUUGUUCCCAACGUGGAAUUAUCACCAAUGUGCUCUCCCAACUUUAAGCCCGGUCCUCCAAGUGAACUUGCACAAGUACUAAGUGAGACUGUGAACAAGCUACUCAAAAGUUCUUCUGUAUUGUCACUGGAGUCAUUGUGUAUAGAAGAGGGCAAGGCUGUCUGGGUGUUGUAUUGCGAUGUUGUCUGCAUAAAUUACGAUGGCAACAUUUUAGAUGCUUCUGUCUAUGCGGUUGUGAGCGCGCUCAGCAAUGUAAGAUUGCCCAAAAUAACGUAUGCUGACGGCAUUGUUAAGGCAACCCCGGAUAAGACAAUCGAACUGUCAUUAUCGAGAAUACCUUUUUCGGCGACAUUUGCGAUAUUCAAUGGAGAAAUUUUAGCCGACCCGGAUGAGACAGAAGAAGUUAUAUUAGAAGAGCGAAUAACAAUAAUAUGCGACGAAGAAGGACAGUUAUGUAGUGUCUUGAAGUCUGGUGGUUCUUCAUCUACGCGAGAGACAUUUUCUACUUGCCUCGAGCUGGCGAGAAACCGAUAUUCCGUAUUAUCGACUAUAUUCAAAGAAGCGUCAACCUCAGCAAAUACUAAUUGA